GGGUCCCGCCCGUUGCGUUGCGGCCAGAUAUACGCGGCAUCCGAGAAGACAUACGGAGACGGCCACCGGAGCCGGUGUUAGCAACAAAUCGACCGAAUCCCACGGGAGCUAAGAAACAAAAAUGUUUGAAGACUCCUGGUACAGCUUUGUACCCGACUACCAACAACAGCAGCGACAGGCGCAAAGCUCAGGCCACCAAAGAAAGAAGUCACUGCUCCAGCCUCCAAAUGGUGUAGACAAUGUCGAUGGCGCAGGAUCGCUCCCAGUUCUUUUCGAAGACCAAGAAGACACCAAUUCUCCACCAGAACCUACCUUGUCACGAAGAGCAAAGUCGUACUCGGAUUUCUAUGACAUCGUCAAGGCCCAAAUAGGUGGAAAGCCACACCACAAGAAGAAGAAGGGGAGGAGGAUACGACAUGGCCGAACAUGGGAAGCAUUGGGCGUUCCGGAGUCUGUGGCGGCAAAGCUGCCGGUCGAACAUGACGCUCACGAUGCCGAGCUGGACAAGGAGCUACUGGAAGCAAGUCAACAGGAAUUCCUGUUGUACCACGAUCAGCUGGUCAUGACCGAACGACACUUGGGCACCCUCGUUGAAGAUGCGAAUAGUGCUCUCAAGGUUCUCGAAUCCCUGAGCCAGUCGUUCCGGGCAGUUGACGACCAAACCAGCUCUUUCAAGGCCCAAUGCGACGACCUACUCACAGAGCAGAAACGGCUGCAGAAGCUGGCCGAUGAUGUUGGCACAGAUCUUCACUACUACGCGUAUCUGGACAAUGUCAGCAGACGACUCAAUGCUCCAGGAGCAGGCCGACUUGUGGAGGACGACGCGUUUGCCGAUAUUUUGUCAAGCCUCGACUCUUGCAUAGCCUUCAUGACGAAAAACACGACGUACCGAGAUGCCGAGUCUUACCUUGCCCGCUAUCAGGCCUUGCUCACCAAGGCUCUGCACUUGCUUGAAGUUGGCUUCACCAAUCGCCUCAACGGAGUUUCUGCCGAAAUUUCCAAACAAAUAUUGGCUACGCGGUCCGAGUCCGCACGGCACGCCCUGGCUUAUGGCCGGUUUGAAGAGACAUUGCUGGAGUCCUACUCCUUAAUACCAAACAUCCAGACCGUCAUCCGCAACGUCUACGAUCAAAACGGCCAUCCGCAAACAGCACUCAACUGGGACAUCUAUGCCAACACAGCCAACAACAUCUUCCACGCCUACUGGGCCGUCAGAGAAAGAGACCUGAAACCACUAAUUCAAAGCGACCUCGACGCCUUCCGCUCAGAAGCCAAGGAAUCCGUCGAGACCGCGGCCCGUAACUUUGUCAAGCAGUGCUACGAGCGUUCCUACAAUGAAGCCUCCCUCUUCCGGAAAAUCUUCGCCAUCGAGACCCAAUACUCAACCGACCCCAAAUCUGCGUUCACCGCCCUCAAAUCCUCCCACGCCGGGUCUUUGGUCACGGGUACAAACGUCGCCCCUGUCGCCACCAACCUCCAGUCUGUUCUCCACAAUAGCGACCUGAGAACAGUGUGCAACAUAAUAGGCUGGGUCACCAACGAGUAUCUCCUGUUGGACUUUGACGAGGAUGAAACCCCGUUUGUGGCUCACUGCAGGGAGCUCACCGCGCGGCUACUUACUGAGCACCUCUGGACGUUCACCGACGCUCUUUUCGAAGCCGAGAUAUCCAAAUCCAUCACCAAGGCCGCCGUCGCCCUAGACUCGCUCAAGAUCGGGCCAGUCACCAACAAUGACUCCUCCUCGAACGCUUUUCCCCCUAUCAAGCGAGCUAUUGAGCUGUUGGUCAUGUUUGAUCAAUCCAUGCCCAAAGAACGCUGCCAACGCAACUCCCCCAUCAUCUUCAGCCUGCUCCGGGAGUCCAUCUCAUGCCUUCACCGCGCCGAGGCCCGCAUCCGCGCAGCUCCCCACAAGGGUACCGACCCAGAUCUGUUUAUGAUUAAGAACUUGCUUAUCCUCAAGAACGAGCUUGUGACGCUCGAGAUUGGCGACAUCAGAAACGUGCAUAUUGGUACGCAGUCGGUCUCGGGGAGGAUCAGGGAGAUGCAGCAUUUUGGGCAGAUUUGGGACGGAAUAUUAAAGCCGGUAGGGGGGAAUCUAAUCAGGGGGGUUUGGGAACGGGUGGGCAGUUUGGGGGGGACGAUUGGGGGGUAUAUUCCGGGAAGUUCACUGCUGGGUUUGGGAGGAGGAGGAGGAGGCAGAGGGAAUGGGGUCAAGGAGGGAGGAGGGGGUAAAGAAGGGGAGGUGGAUGUUCAUGAGCAGUUGGAUAAUGAGCUGAGGAGGAGCAUUGUUGCUUUUACGAAGAGGUGGGCAGGGGUGUUUGUUGAUUUGAAGGUUGGUGGGGGAGGGAAUAAGAAUAUGGGGGGGAGGAAUGUGGCCAAGGUGGAGAGGGAGAUGGAUGAGAUUCUGGAGAGGGCGUUUUCGGGGCAGGGGGAGGUGGUGCAGAAGUUGAGGGAGGCGGUUAGGAUACAGGUUGAGGCUGGGGUAGAGGAGGUGGGGAGGGGGAGGGGGAGGGAGAGAGGGGGGAAGAAGUAG